GAUAAUGAUUAUUCAAUAACUGCAACAACUAUCAUAUAAUAGUAGUAAUGAUAAUAAAAAUGGUGAUGAUGGCGAUGGUGGUGAUGAUGGUAACUGUGAUAAUGAUGGUGGUGGUGGUGAUAAUGAAGAUAAUAAUUUUUAAAAUGUUUUUCCUGUUUAUCUUAACCACAGAUCACAUCGAAGGCACGGGGAACAGAAAGGCAAGCAACGACUUGCCUAAUGACUACGAGUUAAGGAUGGCCGAGAGAGUAACGGGAAAUCCAACAGGAGAACUAAAGAAAGCUAAAAGAUAGUUUAAAAACGGCGAGAAAAGAAAGAAAGAAAAGUAAAGAAAAGAAAGAAAAAAUGCAUAAAGGAAUUUAGGUUCACAACAAUGGUGAAAAGGUUACUGUGUAACGGGAUUUUGGUUUUUAGUUGCGUCUCAGGAUAAUGAAUCUUCCUCAUAAGUGAAAGAGAGAGAGGGAGAGGGAGAGGGAGAAGGAGAAUAAAAUGUGGCGAACAAGGCUGCUCAGGAAUCUCCAAAUCGGACGAAUGGUGAAUGAGAGAGAGAAAAAAAGUAAAUAAGAACAGUUAGAUAAGAUAUAGACAAUAGGUAAGGUAAAGUAAGGUUAGGUAGGACAUAGACACUUAAUGCACACGUACGCACGCACGCACGUAUGCAUGAGCAUAAUGGUACAAAUGGUCAAGUACCCUUUAACAAAAAUCAGAUUUUCUAUGCAAAUAACGAAUUCGGAAAUAAUCAAAAUCAUAUCAAACAACCGAUUGUAUCUGAACAAAAUAUUUUCAAAGCAGUUGUGAGUAAUAGCCUUCGAAGCAUUUCGAAAAUCGAUGUACAAUAAACCAUGUUUCUAUUUUGUGACUUGAUAAUUCAUCUUGGCAUUGCACACUUUCUUGCCUUUAUCUUGCAUUAAUUUGGCGGAGAAAUGUUACUGUUCAUACCCUUUGCCUUGCGAAAGUCUAAAGAUCACACUCAUUGUUUGGUUCAAGCCGUCAACAUCGACUAGUAUUAAAAAUUUUUUUUUUCGCCAUUCUAUACAUUUAUUUUCCUUGGUCGAGUUCCAAAGGUCUCGGCGAUUAUGAAUGAGAACCACUUACUUGUGCCACUAGUGUAUAUUGUCCUGUCGCAAUGACUAAUGUGAUAAGGUUUUGCUUGGUGCUCUGUACAAGAGUGGCGAUUCGUUUGUUCCCAAGACAGAAUUGUUCGGCAUUUCGAAGGCAAUUAAGGUAAUCUGAAGUCAAAUAUGGGUAUUUCGAGAUCAAUUGAGGGCAUUUCGAGGUCCAUUAGGGGCAUUUAAUUUAUGUCACGAUUUAAUAAAAAGAAUUUCCAGGUCAACUAAUGAUAAUUCAGUGUGAUUUUAAGGUAUUUCGAGUCGUUAAUUUUUUAUGAGGUAAGGUUUCCGGACCGUAUCACACGAAAAGUCUACCUUACAAAACCGAAAUGUGAUCUGGGAAUGAAUUUCGUGAAUUCUAUAUAAUGAGGGAAAACGAAAUACUUUGCAAAUGCUAAACAUCUUUCUAUCUGUUUUGAUGAAAUAUUGCCCCUCCAAAAGGAACAACACACGCAGUAAAUCAAUGGCAAAUUAAGCACAACGAUUUGCCUACCCAUUUCCACAGCAAUGCCGAAGCAAUAAAUUCUCUUGACAUCAAAAAAAGGUAAAAUAGCAACAGCAAUAUCCUCUUCAAAUUAUCUUGAGGUUAAUAUAAAUAAUCAAAUAAAAUAAAAGAGCGAACAGUAAAAGAGUAAGAACCACAUUCUCCAUUAUCCUGACAACUCCUCAGUGGGGUUCCGGAGCUAAAUGUCUCGGUUCGAACCCGCGUUUUGCAGUGAAACGAAUCAGUGUCGCCGUGCUAACGGUGGGAAGCGGAAGGAAGCUCUCUUCCAAGUCUGGUCCAAGUCUUUCUCAUAGAGUGGAAGGAAAAUGGGAAGCGAGUGAACUGAAAGGAUUUUACGUGUUUUUGUUACUGGAUGCGAGGGUCGGACAUGGGGAAGAAAAUGGAGUUUUGGACCUUAUUUCGAAAAAGGAGAAACUUAGCAGCGGGGAUGAUUUUCAUCUUGACCUUGGUAUCAGCUCAUCCGACUUUUGCGAGUGAUACCACAGUGAAGUCAACCAUAACACAAGCUUCAUCUACAACGCAAGUUUCAGCCACAACAUCGACUACAACUAAAGUACCACUCACAGAAACUUCAGCCACAAGAGGAACUCCAACAGAAUCGCCAACAACAGCAAAAACAGCAGAGCCUUCAAACGCAGGUUCGACCACCACAGAAACUGAGAGAACAAUAACUUCAGCAACAACACUGCUGCAGGAGAACAUAACAAGCACGGCAGCGAGAACAGCAGAGAUCCCGCUGCAGGAGAAAUACAGUUGUUUUGCCAACCUUUCAGCGUUACUGUAUGGGCCCCCGGAGACUGUUCGGACCACAGGAAAGAUUACAGAAACCGGUGGCCUUUGGGGUGAUGAAGGAACCUGCGCAGAGAUCACAUGUCCUGUGGGAGGCGUCUUCACGCUCUCCAGUAAAACCUACGAGAGUGUGGGCGUGUGUUGCCAGCAAGGGGCGUGGGUACUAGUCGAUCCUGCUUUGGAUGUCAAUGAAACCUUGGAUCAUCCGUGGGCUGGAUGCUACUCAGAGCGCGUGUGCAGAAACCACGUCCAUGUCGCCAGGGACACGAAAGUUACUUUUCCUGAAGAUGUGAUUGUGUGGUCGCUUGCGGGGAUGUCAAAAAUAGGCGUAGAUGUUAAUCUUAGGACAGAUGAACAGCUGCUUGUCCUGGGUCUCUCCACAAGCCACGUCACAUUCACGUGCCAUGACGGGCGGUCUCUCAUGUUCUAUAGUCAAGGAUACGCGCGAUCUGUGUUCACGAGUUUUGACACUUGUGACUUACAUUAUUCGAUUCCCCUUUGUGUUCCUGUGUGCAAAACUAUGGGCGGCUCCCCCUGUCGCUUUCCCUUCGUGCUUGGGGGCAGCGAACACCGCAACUGCACGGACCUCCUGCCCACGUCUGGUCCUUCGUGCAGUCUUGUUUACAAUGUGACCGCUGCCGCCGACCUGCAGCCUUGCGACCUGACCAACGAGACGAGUACUUGUGGCGGCUCGGCGGGGGAGGAGGCGCCGUGCGGAGGAGGUCCCGAAUGUGACGUCAUCGUCAGCCUAGACACCAAUGUGACGAUGAUCAGAGACCCGCAGCUUCUUGACGUCACAGCCGAUGAAGUCACGCCUCGUACCUACCGCGUGCGGGGAUGCCACGGAGAAAGUUUCCAGCUCGAGUGCGACGAAGCCGAUCUGAACCUGUGGGUGAAAGGAGACCGGUUCGGAAUCUAUUACCCUUCGGGUUCGAAACGCUUCAUGUGCUCCAGGAGAUUCGGAAUUGAUAGCUUCUUCGGCAAGGAACUCAGCAAUGAGAAACCGCAAAAUUACGAAUCGUUUUGCGCUGAUAAGAGAGUCCCGGCAACCACCACGCCAUCUGCAGCUACUACCACGCAGGGAGGAGGAAUGACUACCGACCGAGGAGACGCAGGGACGGCCGCUUCGAGCUCCACUGCGAGUGCGACCAACCCACAGAAAACGGGAAUGGCAACAACAGAAACGAAGAAAAUGGGCGCGACAACAACGAAAUUACAGAAAACGGAUCCCAGGGACGUUUCAUCUUUUACGGUGACUCAAGCAGAAUCAGGACCAGUUUCUGUCCGCUUUUCAAACUCAACAGCAUCAGGAACGACCACAGAGAGCGUUCAUACGACUGCAUUUACGACC